AUGUAUAUAAAAAAAUUAAAAGAGUUGAUAUCAACAACUUUGGACGAUUAUCGGAAUGAGAGAUACAGUGUUUAGCAUAACUAAUUGACACUUUAAAAAAUAUGGCCAACCUUUAUUAUUCUGGUCAAAUUUUAUGCUAUUAUUGGACUUAUAUACAUAAUUAUUUACAAUUCCCUAUAUUUCAAGAGCUUUAAUAAGGCUUACACUACAUUUUAUUUAUAUAUUUAACUUGCAGCUAUCGUUUUGUAUGUUGGCAUUGUUGAAAGAAUUACUAACUGCUUAAGGGAAUCGUAUAAAUUAACACUUAUCAUAUUUACAUUCAUUCUAAUAGAAACCUCAUUUCAAAUAUUUUUGGUUGAAGUGUAUUUAUCAAGCGAUAUAGAGAAUGGAGUAUUAACUAUUUGUUAGUUGUUUAUUAAUUUAUUACUUGUUCUAGGAAUAGUCAGAACAAUUAAAUUAAGAAUUAUGAUAUUACUGAAAUUUUAUAUGUAUUUCUUUGCUAGAGGGAUUACAUUCCAUUUUAAGAGCUUACAAUCCUUAAAUAUCAUAUUUUUUAUAAUUCUGAUUUUAUUCUUUUGGGAUCAACAAUUAAUAAAUCUGAGCAAAGUUUCAUAAUUUACUGACCAAACUUUAAAAAGCAUUCCUAGUGCAGUUUGUGUAUUAGAUUAGAAUUGCCAAGAUGUUCUAUUUACUAAUAAUUUUACUAAAAAAUUAAUACAUUCUCUGAAUUAUGGAGGUCUUUCAGGAACUAAAUCUUAUGGUGUUUUGUAGAAUUAGGGAUUUCCCUCCUACGAAUCUAUUAGAAGUUCGCCAUCCAAUGAAAUAAUCUCAUUUUUCGAGAAUUUGACUUUACCCUAAACUGAAGUCAAGGAACAAUUGAAUUCUGAAAACUUACAUGGGCUUGAUGAUAAAAUUGAGUCUACUGAUCAGCAGCAAAUAAAUCUAAAUCAGGCUCUCAGUUUGAUUAAGAUUUAAGAAAAUUAAACCUCUGGUUGUAUAUAUGCAUUAAGAUGUUCAUAUAACUGUUAAACCUAUGAAGAUGAAUACCCUAUGAUAGUAGAGGUUAGAAUUAAAACUAAACUGCAAUAUGGUUUAAAUAAAAAUGCCAUUCUUUUAAAUCUUUACGAUGUAUCUCCUAAUUUUAAAUCUUCUUAUUAUAAGAAACUUAAUUCAUUCAAAAGCCAAGUCAUUCGUUCAAUCUCACACGAAUUAAGAACCAGAUUAAAUGUUAUUCAAGGUUUCUUGUAAGUAAUUCAAUGCAACAGCAUCAAUUAUGAUAAAGAAACAAAUAAGUUAUUGAGAGCUGCAUUUAAUAACUGUCGAAUUCAGAAUUUGAUCAUCAGUUCAAUCAUCAAUUACAAUCUUAUAAGGGAAAAGAAGUUAGUCACAAAAAUAGAGAAGUGCAAAUUGAUAUCAGUCAUCUAAGAGGCCAUAGAUCUAUUUAAAGAAGAAGCUGAAAUGAAAAACAUAAGAAUAACCUUUUAAAAACUAGUGAAUUAAGCUUAGAAUGAAAUGUUGGAUUACGAGAAAUUUCAAAGUAUCUUAAUCCAUAUAAUUUCAAAUAGUAUAAAAUUUAAUAAUAAAAGUGGAUAAAUUAUCAUCACUAUUACAAAAGAGAAUUAAGAAAAAGACAAGGCAACUCAAAAUAAGGACAAUGAUAAGAAAAUUAUCCAGCCUUCUUAUGGUUCUCAAUUAUAUAAAAGUUCUUAGGAUUUAAAUGAUAGUUCCUUUCAUUUUCCUUUAAGAAAAAAUACAGUAUUUAGAUAAUAAUUUAUUAAUCCCUGCAGCUCCUUUUCUAAUGCUGCACCUCAACAACAAACCAAUACUAAUUUAUAUGAAUACUAUCUAAUUGAAAUUCGAGACAGUGGAAUGGGAAUUAACCAAUAAAAAUUAGAAGCCAUAUAGAACUUGCUGAAAAAUGAGGAGAAGGCAUUCUAGGAUUUAGAUGGAGAUUCUGCUUCAGGAAUGAUGUUAGGAUUGAGAGCAUCAAAUGCCUUAAUUAAAUAUCUUAGUGGGAAGGAAGAGGAUAAUUAUAUAACAAUAGAUUCGAUCAUGGAUCAAGGGACUACAGUUUGUAUUCAUUUGAAGUGUAGAAUUACAUAAUUGACCGAGGGAUUCAUGCCAAGUGAUCUAUAUAAUAAAGAGAGUUCUCAGAUUGAAUUAGAAGGGUAGGUACCAGAUAUUGAGAGCCAAAUAUUUAAAUUCAACAUUUGGACAGAUCCAGAUAUUAGCAGUAGAGCCAAUAUGAUAAGUAAAAAUAAAAAAUCUUCGUAAAUCAAUGUGAAUUUGGCUAAUAAAAGAGGGAGUGGAUAGGUGUUCUCUAAUAACAACAUAUCAAGUUUUUAUAAAAACCUAGAAGGGAGUCUCUUUAAAGGUUCGAGUUGUGGAUGCGACUAAAAAAUAGUAAUAGUAGAUGAUGAACCAUAUAAUUUGUUAGUUUUAGAAUCUUUGCUUAAAUAAUUAGGCUACCAAUCGAUCAAAGCUGAUAAUGGCAAACAAUGUGUUCAUUUGAUCGAGAACAGCAUCUCAGUUUUUGAUGAGCAUAAAUGCCGAGGGUUUAAGGCUAUUAUUAUGGAUUAUCAAAUGCCAAUUAUGAAUGGGUAAGAGGCGACUAAACAACUUCAGUGCUUAUUUAAAGAUUAACCACGAAUUCAAAUUCCUGUUUUUGGACUAACAGGAUUCUCCGGAGAAGAUGAUCUUAUCAAUUUAACGGAGGCUGGAAUGAAAGGAGUCUAUAUCAAACCUAUUACUCUUAAAACCUUGGAAGAAAUGAUAAAUAAUUUAAGUUUGGUUGAAUGUAGAGAUACACCAUUAAUGUCUUCGAGGCAAUUUUAAUGUUUCGAAUUAGAUUAUGCCGAUGACUUAUAAUAAUUAGCACAUGAAUGA